UUUAAACCAGAUCCCUCUCUUGGUCAGUCAUUAGCAUUCCACUGGAGUUAAGUAAAUUGAAAACACAUCUUUGGUAGGCAGCGCUGCAAAAAAAAAAGGGGGGGAAAUAUGCCGCAUUUCCAAGUCUGACAAUGAGGAAGGACAGACGCCUCUCUGUCUAUCCAUCCAUCCAACACGUGUCCAAGAAUAUAGUGACUUGAAUUAAUUCUGGGGUGGAGAUGAUUCCCGAAAGGGUUUAGGUCGGAGCGGCAUUCGUUUUGCGGAAUAUUCUCAAACAAUUUGGAGAGCGAACCUUGGAGAGAUCCCUUCUUGCCAUGCUUUCAACCUGCCCAACCCGAUUUGGGCAUCUCUUCCUCAGCUUGUGUGUUUUCCUCCACAUUCGUUCAUCAUGGAGCUCGGAAAUGGAGACAGAACAAGGCGGUGUCCCUGGACUGAUGAUGGAACAAGGCAGGCAAAGCCCCGACGAAAGUGGAGCUCAAGGGUUGAACCGAAGCUCUUGUGAGUUCACCUUUCACCUCCCCUGGCCCCAAAGUGAAUGUGCCCCUGCGCCCCAGGCAUUGUCCCCAUUGGCUUCUCAGGAGGAGCUGGACCAUCUCAAGAUGUUGGUAGCUAACAUGGGAGAAGCCCUCAAGGCCCUGGAAGAGGCCACCGGUUCGGACGCAGGCAAAUCCAGAUUAAAGGAACACUUGCGGAUGAUGGACCACCUGCUCCGAGUCACUGGCCGCCUUGCCAAAGAGCUGGACCAAAUGUCCCAAACCGUCUUGGAGACCUUGACCGAACCUCUGGACAACACUACUAUCCCCACGUCUGCGAGCCCCUUGGUGCCAUUUUAGCCGUCAGUCCAUUCCAUUUAUAAGGAAAUCGAAAAUGUCUCAGACUUGCAGGACCAAAGACAGUAACGUUUACCCUUUCCAUGCACACAUUUCCCUGACUUCCGAGGCACAUGUCUUGCCAUGCUCCCAGUCCAAGAAAGGUUUCUGUUCUGAACACUCCAGCACUUUUAAUAUGGAAAACAAUUGACAAAGAAGAAGUGUUACUGAUACUGGGUUCCUGUAACCCUGAUGUUUCGUCCUGAUCAGAGUAAACUCAUUACAUUUAUCCUUGAGCAGUGAAUCAACACAGUGGCAAAUCCCAUUGGUUUAAUGCGUGCAUUUGGGGCUAACAAUACUAUUUAGUGGGUUGCUGUGAACUGUUUGGCCGUGUUCCAGAAGCAUUCUCUCCUGACGUUUCGCCCACAUCUAUGGCAGGCAUCUUCAGAGGUUGUGAAAUCUGUUGGAAACUAGGCAAGUGGAGUUAAUACAGUAGAGUCUCACUUAUCCAACAUAAACGGGCCAGCAGAAUGUUGGAUAAGUGAAUAUGUUGGAUAAUAAGAAGAUAUUAAGAAAAAGCCUAUUAAACAUCAAAAUAGGUUAUGAUUUUACAAAUUAAGCACCAAAACAUCAUGUUAUACAACAAAUUUGACAGAAAAAGUAGUUCAAUACGCAGUAAUGUUAUGUUGUAAUUACUGUAUUUACAAAUUUAGCACCAAAAUAUCAUGAUAUAUUGAAAAGAUUGACUACAAAAAUGCGUUGGAUAAUCCAGAAUGUUGGAUAAGUCAGUGUUGGAUAAGUGAGACUCUACUGUAUAUCUGUGGAAAGUUGAGGUUGUGAGGUCUGUUGUAAAAUAGGCAAGUGGGGUGUAUAUAUCUGUGCAAUGUCCAGGGUGAGAGAAAAAACUCUUGUCUGUUUGAGGAAAGUGUGAAUAUUGCAAUUGAACACCUUGAUUAGCAUUUAAUGGCCUUGCAGAUUCAAAGCCUGGAUGCUUCCUGCCUGGGGGAAUCCUUUGUUGGGAGGUGUUAGAUUGUUUCUUGCCUGUGAAUCCCAACAAAGAAUUCCCUCAAGCAAGAAGCAGCCAGGCUUUAAAUCUGCCAAGACAUUAAAUGCUAAUCAAGCUGGCCAAUUGCAACAUUCACAUUUGCCUCAGGCAGACAAGAGUUCUUUCUACCAACCUGGACUUUCCACAGAUAUAUAAAUUUAUUUACAGUAUUUAUAUUUUCACCCCGAAGGGGACUUAGGGCGGAUCACAUUGUACACAUACAAGACAAACAUUCAAUGCCAUAUGAACAUAGAGACAUACACAGACACAGAGGCAAUUUAACCUUCUCCAGCUUCCAGCUUCCUGAGAGUAUGCUUGAUUCUGGCCACAGGGGGAGCUGCUGCUUCAUCAUCCACUGUGAUGCCGACUUCCUCAUUCCUUUCCACAUGCUGGUGGCAGUUUUUUUUAUGGUGUCGUAAAUUUAGUUAAAUUAGCCUCCCCACAUAGUGGUAACUACAUUUCUUACUUGAUAGAUGCAACUAUCUUUCGGGUUGCUUAGGUCAACAAUGAGCAGGGGCUAUUUUUUAUUUUAAUUGUUGGAUGCUCACUCCGACAUGGGCUGGCCUCGAACUCAUGACCUCUUAGUGAUUUAUAGCAGCUGGCUACUAACCAGCCUGCGCCACAGUCCGGCCCUACUUGCCUAGUUUCCAACAGACCUCACAGCCUCUGAGGAUGCCUGCCAUAGAUGUGGGUGAAAUGUCAGGAGAGAAUGCUUCUGGAGCAUGGCCAUACAGCCCAGAAAACUCACAGCAACAGUAAUUCCGGCUUUCAUGCCUUUGACAAUACAAUACUAUUUAGGUCCAUUUGGGGCCCGUCUCCACUGUGGAAUGGAUUCAGAUUGAUACCACUUGAACUUCCAUGACCUAAUGCUUUGGAAUCCUGGGAUUUGUAGUUUGGUGAGGCCUCAGUACUCUUGGCAGAGAAGGUUAAAGACCAUAUAAAGUUACAACUCUAAUGAGGCUAUAGCAAAUUAAAGUGAUGUCAAACUGCAAUCUUUCUACGGCAUUGCUGUUUGCCUUCAAAUCCUUACUAAAUUAUAUAAAACUCUAACUCCUGUGAUUCUACGAGGGCUGAAUGAAAAGUAAUGCCUCCACCUUCGUAACUCCUCAACAGGCGGCAGUCCUGGUCUGCGGCAGGUCCUGGCUUGUUCAGUAGACUCUCCUCUACAGUUCCAUUUGGCGGGAAGCCUUAGCAUUGAACGGUUGUGUUGUUAAAGUGCAAAGUAUGGAACCCUGUACAGACAGUCAUUUAAUGCGACUUAAGCAACGUGCAGUCAUUGAAUUCUUGAGAGCAGAAGGUGUCACCCCAAAGGAGAUUCCUCAGAGAAUGCAAGCUGUUUUGGGUGAUUGUGUUGAUGUGAAUACUGUGCGUCAUUGGGCGAAUUAAGUUUAAAGAUGUUGAGGUGGGAACAUCGGACUUGUGUGACAAACUAAGAGUUGGACGUCCUGUGACAGCAACCACCGGGUUUCACAAGCAAAAGGUUGACAGAUUGAUUCAGGACGAUCGCCGUAUCACUCAGAGAGAAAUUUCAAGCCUAAUCGGCAUUUCACAAGAACGUGUGGGUCACAUUAUUGCUUGGCUUGGUUAUCAGAAGAUCUGUGCACGAUGAGUCCUGUAAGACGUCGGUUGCGGAAACAGAGUGUCGACUUCUUCUGUGACGGCUUCAGAAAACGUGUUCAUUGUUGUCAGAAAUGUAUCCAAUUGUCUGGUGAUGAUGUGGAAAAGUGAAUAGUGGUAGUUAAAGAGCACGUUCUAAGGAUUAUUUUUGCGUUUGAUUUAUUAAAAUACUCCCAUCCAAACCCAAGUAACGAAGGUGGAGGCAUUACUUUUCAUUCAAGGAGAUUCAUCAGAGAAUGUAAGUUGUUUAUGGGGAUUGUGUGACUGUGAGUCCUGUGCGUCAUUGGUGAGUAAGUUUAAAGAUGUUGAGGUGGGAACAUGUUCAUCGUUGGCAGAAAUGUAUCCAAUUGUCUGAUGAUUAUCUGGAAAAGUGAAUAGUGGUAGUUCAAGAGCACAUUCUAAGGAUUAUUUCUAUGUUUGAUUUAUUAAAAUAUUCCCAUCCAAACCCAAGUAGUGAAGGUGGAGGCAUUACUUUUCAUUCAACCCUCGUACAGCCAUGAGUCAUGGCUGUUUAGGUGCUUGUUGGCAAUGUAUCCCUUGCCCUGUUCUCCUAUUUGCAAACAUGUGCUGGAGUCCCCAAAGAGGCCGGAUUAAUCAAAUCCAUAAAAAAACUGAACUUGGAAAAAGUAAAAUGCAGCUUUUCUAAACUCAAGUGUGGAACUGUCACAAACGGACAAAGUUAUAUUGCUGCUUUCAGGAAUUGGCAGUGGAGCAGGGAAGCUGACUUCAGCUGAAAUAUCAGCAUUUUCAGGCCACGUACAUUUCAAAGCUCCUUUGCAAUUGCUUCCCGAUCCCCUUCAAAGCUGACUCAAUCCCUUGCAGAAAUCUCAAACCGCCCUGCAUCCGGAUUCAUGCAUCUAAAAAAAUCAAUAUAGGGGGUGUUGGGUUUUGUGUCCCCCCCCUCUCAAUAAUUAAUUCCCCAUGUACAACCACCCUCACUUUCUCAUUCAGUGUAUAUCCUCCCUUUUGUGCUUUCUAACAGAAUGAUGAAGAGGAAUCAAUAGUUUCCUUGCUCAACUGGGAGAUGGUGCAACUUGCAUUGAGUUUGGUGACGCCUAGUGGCAACUCUGGGUAUGUCUACACCAGACAUGGGCAAACUUUGGCCCUCCAGGUGUUUUGGACUACAACUCCCACCAUUCCUAACAGCCUCAGGCCCCUUCCUUUUCCCCCUCAGCCGCUUAAGCGGCUGAGGGGGAAAAGGAAAGGGCCUGAGGCUGUUAGGAAUGGUGGGAGUUGUAGUCCAAAACACCUGGACGGCCCAAGUUUGCCCAUGCCUGGUCUACAUUAGAAUGAAUACAGUUGUGGUAGUUGUAGUUCAGUGAGGCACUCUUUGGCAAGGAAAGCAGAAGGCCUUGUAAAACUACAACUGCCAAGAAUCCCUAGCAUUGAGUCCUGGCAGUUCAAUUCGUGUUAAACUGCAUUGAUUCUAACUUGAAUUAAGACCCAGUUUUGUAUUUGAUGCACAGCCGAAUGCACAUGCGCAUCCAUGCACACAGGAUGUGCUAGCACAUCCAUGUGCUUUCACACGUCAUCUCCAACAAAAAUUCGGCACAAAUUUCUGGAAGGGGAGUUACCCUCCUAUUAGAAAGCAGGAUGAUUCAAUGAAAAAUAUUAUUUUUGUAGUUUAAAUCCAUCUCGCCAAAGAAGCCUUCCCCAAUCUGACUACAACACCCAUCACCCCCAAUCUGCAUGCAAUUUGCUGGCCAAAGUUGAUGGGAUUUGUAGUCAAAUUUAUUCUGCAACCAGGUUGAUGAAAGUCAGCUGUUUUCUGCUUACUUUGCCUUAUUAUAUUGUGUGAUUCAUUUGUGUUGUUAGCUGAUUUGAGUCUCUCUUAAGAGAAUAAAGUGUGAUAGAAUAAUCAUUUAUUUAUUUAUUUACAGUAUUUAUAUUCCGCCCUUCUCACCCCGAAGGGGACUCAGGGCGGAUUACAAUGAACACAUAUAUGGCAAACAUUCAAUGCCAACAGACAAACAACAUUCAGUUUUAGACAGACACAGAGGCAUUUUUAACAUCUUUCCAGCUUCACGAUUCCGGCCACAGGGGGAGCUGUUGCUUCACUGUCCAUUGGUGGCUGUUCUUCCUCUUCUUUUCCUCAUGAGCAGUUUUAUGGUGUUGUAGAUUAGUUAAAUUAGCCUCCCGCAUAAAGCGUCCCUAAAUUUUCCCUACUUGACAGAUGCAACUGUCUUUCGGGGCUGCUAGGUCAACAGCAAGCCGGGGCUAUUUUUUUUUUAUGGUCGGAGGCUUAACCCGACCCGGGCUUCGAACUCAUGACCUCUCGGUCAGUAGUGAUUUAUAGCAGCUGGUUACUAGCCAGCUGCGCCACAGCCCGGCCCCCCGCCACAGCCCGGCCCCCUAAUCAUAAUGAUAAUACAGUAGAGUCUCACUUAUCCAACAUAAAUGGGCUGGCAGAAUGUUGGAUAAGUGAAUAUGUUGGACGAUAGGGAGGGAUUAAGGAAAAGCCUAUUAAACAUCAAAUUAGGUUAUGCUUUUACAAAUUAAGAACCAAAACAUCAUGCUAUACAACAAAUUUGACAGAAAAAGUAGUUCAAUACGCAGUAAUGCUAUGUAGUAAUUACUGUAUUUAGGAAUUUAGCACCAAAAUAUCAUGAUGUAUUGAAAACAUUGACUACAAAAAAGCAUUGGAUAAUCCAGAACGCUGGAUAAGCGAGUGUUGGAUAAGUGAGACUCUACUGUAACACCUUGCUGUUGUUAAUAUCUCCUAAGCUUGUCAAAAGAAUAAAAUGAAGCUUGGGGUCCGAUGCCAGCACAUAUUUGGACAUUUGGAGGAUUAUUUUGGAAUGUCUCAAACGUCCUUUUUAUGCAUUUUUUUUUUGCAUGUUGCUGAAGUGCAAAAGCCGGGCUGCAGUUAAACAUCAAGAAAACCAAGAUGAUGGCAACCAGACCGAUUGACAGCUGGCAAAUAGAGGGAGAAAACGUGGAAGCAGUGACAGACUUUAUAUUUCUAGGCGCGAAGAUCACUGCAGAUGCAGACUGCAGCCAGGAAAUCAGAAGACGUUUCCUUCUUGGGAGGAGAGCAAUGGCCAACCUUGACAAAAGAGUGAAGAGCAGAGACAUCCCACUGGCAACGAAGGUCCGCAUAGUGAAAGCAAUGGUAUUCCCCAGAGUAACCUAUGGAUGUGAGAGCUGGACCAUAAGGAAGGCUGAGCGAAGGAAGAGAGAGGCUUUUGAACUCUGGUGUUGGAAGGAAAAUCCUGAGAGUGCCUUGGACCUUGGCAAGAAGAUCCAACCAGUCCAUCCUCCAGGAAAUAAGGCCCAAUGGCUGCUCACUGGAGGGAAGGAUAUUAGAGGCAAAGCUGAAAUAUUUUGGCCACAUCAUGAGGAGACAGGAAAGCCUGGGAAAGAUCACGAUGCUGGGAAAAUGGAAGGAAAAAGGAAGAGAGGCCGACCAAGGGCAAGAUGGAUGGACGGCAUCCUUGAAGUGACUGGCUUGACCUUGAAGGAACUGGGGGCGGUGACUUCCGACAGGGAGCUCUGGCCUGAACUGGUCCAGGAGGUCACCAAGAGUCGAAAACGACUGAAUGAGUGAGACGACUACGAAGAAUCAUGUCUGGAUUGAAAAUGAUUUAGAUUGACUGAAAGAGUAAGUGCCUCACCUUGCAAGGUUGCUGUGAAGGUAAAAUGCAAUCGCAUUCCAGACCUUUGGAAAGUGAAUUGACUAUGUUGAAGGGGAAUAAACUUUGAAAAUUGGGACGCAUUAAGAAAUACUUUUAUUUUAUUUAUUUAUUUACAGCAUUUAUAUUCCGCCCUUCUCACCCCGAAGGGUACUCAGGGAGGAUCACAUUACACAUAUCAGGCAAACAUUCAAUGCCUUUUAACAUAGAACAAAGACAAGACAAACAUAGGCUCCGAGCGGGCCUCGAACUCAUGACCCCCUGGUCAGAGUGAUUCAUUGCAGUGAUUCAUUGCAGCUGCUCUCCAGCCUGCGCCACAGCCCAAGCCAAUACUUUGACAAAUUGGAGUUUGGAUGCACUGAAAGUGGUUAGAAGUGUGGAAAACAAGGUUGAUAAGGAAGCAAGAAAAAUGAUUGACCUGAAAAAUGAUCAUGUUGCAGUAUGGUAGGCAACUGAUUUGUUGUUUUAUGGACCUUCAAAACAUUUGGAGCUUAUGGUGACUCUAAGAGUGCAAUUUCACUGUAGAAUUAAUGCAGUUUGGUAUCACUUUAACUGCCUUGGCUCAAUGUCAUUGAAUCCUGGGAGUUAAGUGCUGUGUGUCACCAAAACUACAAGAAUCAUGAUUCCAUAGCAUUGAGACAUGGCAGCCAAAGUGGUGCUGAACUGAAUUAAUUCUACACUGUAGAUGCACCCUUUCUUGCUUUGCCUUUGCGUGUCUUCAAGCUGUUUCUGAUCGAUAACAGCCCUGAGGCUCAAUGCGAUGGAGUCCUGGGAGUUGUAGUUUGGUGAGGCACCAGCACUGUGGCAGUGAAAUCUAAACAAUCUUUAAAAACUACAACUCUCACAUUCCAUCACAUUGGGCCUUAGGGUUUGCCUGAUUUAUUGGAGGCUGACAUGGAUCAUUUUCAAUUAUUCUUUCAGGAGUGCACCCAAAUUUCUACAAGGAUGCUCACAACAACCCUGUAAAGGAGGCCCCUGGUUGUGAAAUGGCCAUUUAGUGCUUGUUGGAGAGCAAACAAACACCCAGUUUUCAUCUCAUCUCUGGGUUCAGAUCAAUAGGCAUCCACAGGAAAUUUCCAGGAUCAUCAUUUUUUUUCUAUAUAAAAUAUAAGAAAAUGGUUAUAUGGAAAGGUGGGCUUGGGGAAAACCUUUUGUCAUUUUGCGGUCAGUAGUGAAUUUGGAUCUCCACCACCAUCAAAAAAGUGAUGGUGUCAUAGAAUCGUAGAAUCAUAGAGUUGGAAGAGACCUCACGGGCUAUCCAGUCCAACGAAAUCCUGCCAAGAAGCAGGAAAAUCACAUUCAAAGCACCCCUGACAGAUGGACAGCCAGCUUCUGUUUCAAAGAAGGAGCCUUCACCACACUCCAGGGCAGAGAGUUCCACUGCUGAAUAGCUCUCUCUCAUAGUGAGGAAGUUCUUCCUGAUGUUCAGGUGGAAUCUCCUUUCCUGUAGUUUGAAGCCAUUGUUCUGCGUCCUAGUCUCCAGAGCAGCAGAAAACAAGCUCUCUCCCUCCUCCCUAUGGCUUCCUUCCCCUCCCAUCUUGAUCCAUGGCCCUCAUCGUGUCUCCUCUCCUCCUUCUCUUCUGCAGGCUAAACAUGCCCUUCUCUUUAAGCCACUCCUCAUGGGGCUUGUUCUCCAGACCCUUGAUCCUUUGAGUCGCCCUCCUCUGGACACAUCCCAAUCAACAUCUCCCUUCAGUUGUGGUGCCCAGAAUGGGACACAGAGUGACUCCAGGUAAAGUGGUCUGACCAAGGCAGAAGAGAAGAGGGGGAGCAGGACUUCCCUGGAUCUAUAGACUAGACUCCUCCUGAUGCAGGCCAAAAUCCCAAAAUCCUCCCCCUCUUCUCUUCCCCCUCUUCUCUGUCUUCGUUGCAUCCUUCCUACUCUUCUUCCUCUCCCUUCUCCUACCCAUUUUCUUCUCCUCCCUCCUUCCCUUCCUUCCUCCUCCUCCUCUUCUCUUUGUCAUAUUCACUGCCUCCUCCUUCCUUCUCUCCCUUCUCCUCCUAUUCUUCCUCCUCUCUUUAUUUUUCUCCUCUUCCUCUUUUUCAUCUUCAUUGCCUCCUCUUUCCUUCUCUCCCUCUCCUUCCUCCGCCUCUUCUUCUUUCUCCCUUCCUUCUCCUGCCUUUUCUUUCCCUCCUCCUCUUCUCCUUUUCGUUCUCGUCUUCCUCUUUCUCUUCACCUUCACCUUUUCCUUCUCCUUCUUUCUCCCUUCCUUCUCUUGCCCCUUCUUUCUUUCCCUCCUCCUCCUCCUCCCACUCCUCUUUCUUUUCUUCAUCUCGGCUUCUUCCUUCUCCUCUUCUUCCUUCUCCCUUCUUUCUCCUGCCUUUUCUUUCUUUCCCCUCCUCCUCUCCUUUUCUUUCUCUUCUAUCUCUUUCUUUCCUCCCUCUCCUCCUCUCUCCUCUUUCUCUUCUUCAUCUUCGCCUCCUCCUCCUUCUCUCCUUCUUUCUCCCUUCCUUCUCCUGCCCCUUCUUUCCUUCCAUCUCUCCUCCUCCUUUUCUUUUUCCUCUUCCUCUUGCCUCCCUCCCUUCCUCUCCUCCUCCUCCUCCCUCCUCUUCCUCUUCUUCAUCUUUGCCUCCUCCUUCUCCUCUUCUUUCUCCCUUCCUUCUCCUGCCCCUUCUUUCAUUCCCUCCUCCUCUUUUUCUUUCUCCUCUUUCCUCCCUCUCUUCCUCUCCUCCUCCUCCCUCCUUUUUCUCUUCUUCAUCUCCGCUUCUUCCUUCUCCCCUUCUUCUUUCUCCCUUCCUUCUCCUGCCUUUUCUUUCUUUCCCUCCUCCUCUUUUUCUUUCUCCUCUUCCUCUUUCCUCCCUCCCUCCCUCUCCUCCUCCUCCUCUUUCUCUUCUUCUUUCUCCCUUCCUUCUCCUGCCUUUUCUUUCUUUCCCUCCUCCUAUCCUUUUCUUUCUUCUCUUCCUCUUUCCUUCCUCCCCUUCCUCCUGCUCCCUCCUCCUCCUCCUCUUCUUCCUCUUCGCCUCCUCCUCCUCCCCAUCUUCUUUCUCCCUUCCUUCUCCUGCCUUUUCUUUCAUUCCCUCCUCCUCUUUUUCUUUCUCCUCUUCCUCUUUCCUCCCUCUCUUCCUCUCCUCCUCCUCCUCCCUCCUCUUUCUCUUCUUCUUUCUCCCUUCCUUCUCAUACCCUUUCUUACCUUCCCUCCUCCUCCUCCUCUCCUUUUCUUUCUCCUCUUCCUCUUUCCUUCCUCCCCUUCCUCCUCCUUCUUCUUCCUCGUCUUCCUCUUCGCCUCCUCCUCCUUCUCUCCUUCUUCUUUCUUCCUUCGCUUCGUGAUCCUCCAAGCGCGGGGCGGGCUUCGAAGGAGGAGCAGAAAGACCCUCCCCCUCCCCAUCCUCAGUCCACCCUCCCUCCGUCCCUCCCUCCCUCCCGGCGUGGGCAUCCUGGGCGGAGAGCGACUCCUUGCGCGAGAGCCGCCUGGGCUGCGGCGUGGGUCGGGUCGGGUCGGGCUGGGCUCCCGGGACCGGGACGGGAAAGCUCCGGACCCUCGAGGCGCCUCCACCGGGGACAGAGGGCUGCCCGUAGUGCCUACCUGUGCGCAGGUGCUCCUCGGCUCUGCGAAGGAGGAGACCCCCCUGGGCAGGUGCCCUCCCUUCCCCGCCAGCCUCCUCCUUCUCACAGGAGAAGUCACUUUGGCGGAGGAGCAGCUCACAGCAAGACUGGCUUUGAGGAACCAUCAAGCCCCUCUCUCAUUUUCAAUGGAAACAUCUCCUCUGAAGUGGAAGGAGACCAGUGAGCAGU